CAUUGCUAUUUUAGGAGUUUUUUCAUUUGGAAUAGCAUGAUAUAACUCUUCGCAUAACUGUUUAAUCUCCUACCUAGUCUACAAGACUGUUCCCAUAAAAUAAAGCAGACUCUGUGAGAUGGCAGUGCGCCCUGUGUAGUGCGAGUAAAACGCUUGGCACCUGGCCUGGUUACCUUGACAGCGAGAUGCCGGAAGAACGAGACUGAACAGAUAACAAAUUAAGAGGCUCUUAAACAAGCUUCAGAGGAGAUACAAAUUAUGUCUUCGCAAUCUGUGAAGACCCAGAGGCAAGAUGCGGGGAAGCCUUCAAUUAUUAAAUCAAAAUCCGUGUCCAGUAAACAAAGAAAAGCGGGUGUACAACAUCCACCAGUCUACAGAAUGACAUCGAAACGCAGAGAAAAGACUUGUGAAAGCUCCCUAGAAAGGUUGCCACCAGAGAUCAUUCUCAGGAUUCUCUCAUUUUUGGAUGCUGGGUCUUUUUUCUGCAUUAGUUUCAUUAACAAGCACUUCCAUGCAUUGUCCAACAGCAACGCUAUGUGGUAUCAGUUUUACAUCUGUGAAUGUACCAAAAAGAAGAAAGCCAGCCAAGAAAACCAGAUGAUAUGUGAUCUUGGUGUGGUGGGUGUGCAGGAGAGGCCAAAGAGAUAUUGGAGAAACAAGUUCUUCAAAGAAAUUUCCGGUCUGAAUGUGAACAAGUGGAGAACAAAACUUCGACGCAUUGACCCUUAUUCAGGACUGCCACGACAUACAGAGGACGUCAUAAGGAGUCUGUGCAUUACAUGGGAGAUCACAGUGACUGAUGGGAGAGGACGGCAGAGCACCUUUGAGCAGUCUCAUGCCUCCUUCAGCAGUACGGCUGUUUUUGUGUUCUGGGGCGCUGUCAGUUGGCCUCCUUUCAACCAGCUCACCUCUCUUGAGCUUCACGGAGUGUUGCGGGUGCCCCUCGAUUGUCCUGCUCCUUACAGGCCGGGUUGGAAAUCAGUUAUGUCCAAAAUAAAGCUUCAAGGGGAACACAGUGAGUUGUGUGUUUCAGACAAGAUUGUCAAGAUGCUGUAUGUUGGAAAAGGCGUAACUUUGGGAUUCUGGAAGGACCAGUGGGAAAUUGCGUUUGUCAUGGUGAACUUGCACAAUCACAGACUUGUGGAAAGAAGUCUUCCUCUAUCUAUUAGUCCAUGUACAGCAGCUGGAGUCAGUGCUUUGUUUGAUGAUGUGGACCCAGAGUAUGGUCUCCAUGGAUACACAGCUUACAUUGAACUGCACAAUACAGUGAGAGUCAUCAUGUCUGGCCGCUUUUCCCAGCUGUUUUGCAGAAGAGAUCAGAUUUCUAAUGGUUAUCUUCCACUGGAAGUGAUCAGUGAGAAUAACAGAUCCCCAAAUACUCAUCUGGCUGGGGAUGUCAGCUUGCCUUGGAGGACUGAAGCUUUACAUGGAACUGUCAAGGACUGUUGCAUGAUCAACCUCACUGUAUGGGAUGAAGCCAAGCAGCCUUUUUGGUGUGUCAGCGCUCCUGUCGUGAUGACAAAAGCAAGUCGGGACACGGUAUCUUAUGAUUUUGACGGCGGGAGUCUCUCCGUCCUAUACCAAGACUCAGAGGGGAGGGUGGAGAUGAGGCUGAAGCAGAUGGAGUAUGAGGAACAGUAUUUUGUGGUUAAUCUAGUGAUUUACAUUGCUGUCGCCAAAGUGAAUAAGCACUUUGGGAGAGAUUAUUGAAGCCUUCGUGUGGCAUUUCGAUUCGUGUGACAACCGUUUUACCAUAUUUGACUUAAAAUCAAGCAAGGCCACUGCUAAACUAGUCAGUAACUCAGGAUUGUGGCAAGAUUAAACUCCUGUCAAGAUUAUUGUCGCUUUUUUCUUUUCUGGCUGAACGUUACUAUACAUUUUAACACUUAAAUGCGCAUUUUCAAGGAUCAUUACAUUUUGCAGGAUAUUAAAGUCGGCAUGUUACAAAGAGAGGGAUUUUCAUGUCAAGUCUGAUAAAAUGUAAAUAAUAGAAUAAGAAGCCCAUAAAAAGAUUCCAUUGAAUCAAGAGCUAAGGAAUAAAAAUGGCCCUUUAAGCUGGAUUUAAAAAAGCGCCGGUGGAGGAGGAGGAUCUAAUGUGAGCAGGGAAGCUGUUCCAGAACUGAGAAAUCUCCCUUACAGUAUCAGCGGGACAGGAGGGAGUUGAUUGCAUGACCUUGGGGCAGAGUAUGGGUGAAGGAGUUUACAAAUAUACUGUGGAGAAAUGCCAUGCUGGGCUGCUUUUGUAACUAAAAGCAAAAUUGUGAUUUUUAUUGGUAAUAGCUAAUUGGAUUCUAGUAAGUAAGAUGUAAUUUCUUAUUUUUGAUUGCCACUAGAAGUCUCACUGGCAUGUGCUGAACCAUCUGGAGAUGAGAUUGAGAUGGGUCUACGUACAUACAGUUACAGUUAUCAAGCUGGGAUGGUUUCCAAAUGCUGUUGUAAAACAAACUCUUUCAGUUUAGCAGCAGAUCUGAGCUGAAAGAGCCUUGAUGAUGAAAUCUCGAUUUGCUUUGGAAGAUUGUGCUUUACUGAAAUCAAUGACAAA